AUGAUUUCUAGACUUUUCGCGUACACCACAGUUUUUCGGUUUCACUUUCAACCGAAAUGGGCACAUGAAAAGUGGCGAAAUAUAGAAGAAGGAUCACAGAAUAUUAAGCUAUUAGAGUUGAACAAGGCUUUUAGAACCAAAAUAAUACGAGUAAUGGCUUUAUAUACGCCACCAGGUAAGCCGUCUUCUCGGCCUUCGGCUGGUGAAAGUAUCAAUGAUAGCAGGGAUGACCCGAAGGAUGAUAGUAAGAAGUUCUAUGUGCGACCUAGCUUAGGUCUUCGGAUAUGGGGACCAUUGGUACCAGCGUCUGACAAUAAAAUGGGUCUUUGGUCUCUAGUUGGGGCCCAAACCAUUGUUGGAUUAUUUUGCAUGUAUAGACUGAGAGGAUUACGUGGCCCUACCAAGUCUUUACGAAGAGAUAUUGCAGACAUACCUAGCUUGAAUAGGUUUUCAACUACACAUGGUGAGAUCUUGGCAUCUCCAGUACCUGCCGCAAUGGGGCAUGUCCGCGUGGGUAAUACAGCGAGUGUUGUUAAUGGUGGGAAAGUUUUGGGUACCACAUUUGGCGGCGCUUCCUCAUUCUUUAAAAGUAAAGCACAAGGAACUGGUCAAGGUUUUUUCAAAUCUGCAGGUGUUAUUGCAUUCAGAAAAGUACUUUAUUUAUUAACUGGGACACUUUUACUAUCGCAGUCAUUGUUGGAGACAUGCAGGUUAACAAUUUUGAAAUAUGAUCCAUGGGUGGAAGAGGCCAAAAGCGUUCGUGAGAAACAAUUUUACAACGACAUAAUUCAGUUUUAUCAUGAGGGUAUUGAUCCAACCAAAAUAAGAGUAAAGGAUGCCAAGAGCGGUGAUGUAAUGUCCACAAACAUUCCAGAAGUCAGACAGAGCGUUGCUUUGGUAAGAGCUCAAUCAGAAGCGCAAAACCCCAUCAUCAGAUGGUAUGGUCCUUUAGAGUACCAACCAAUGUCUUUCACAGAAUAUUUGGACAGGCUGGAGUAUCAUUUAGACAUGGCGGACUUUUUACAGGAUAAAAGAAACGUCAAAGAAAGUACUAUCCAGGUCAUGAAGAAACUCACCCACACCCAGGGUGAAUCUGAACAAAUUAUCAAGAUCAAUGAGAAAAAUAGGCGCGAACUUCUCAAUAUCACAUCAAAUGUAGACAAAGGCACCAUGCCUUUAUCAUCAAAUGUACAACAAUAUCCUUCAAGAGGAAUCGUCAUGGAUGUCAAUCAAGACUCCCCUGAAAAAGUGGAUUUGGAAGAAACAUGGAACUUGUAUGAUCCCUGGAUGAACUUGGCCUUCGAUACAUCCCUCAGCAUUAAAUUCUUACCCACCUUGAUGACCCCUAACGAUAUCAUGGACGGGAAAUCGAAAGAAAGGAAUGAUUCCAAUGAUGAUAAAGAACCAAAAGCUGAAUAG